GACGGAAAAGCCUACUCGCUUUACAGACGUUUGCGGAAACAGACUUGCAAGGCCCAAAACAGAUAUCAUUAAACUAAAGUCUCCAUCAUCUAGAUUAUAUUCCUUAUUGUUGCGAGUACAAGAUGACGACUGAAAAAUACCCCAGAUCUUCAAUUGAAGACGAUUUCAACUAUGGCACAAACGUUGCAACCGCAAGUGUGCAAAUCCGAAUGGAUUUUUUGCGCAAGGUGUACAGCAUCCUGUCUCUGCAGAUCAUUCUGACCACUGCAACAUCUGCCCUCUUUAUGUUCUGUGACACCAUCAAGGAUUUUGUCCAUGCAAGUCCCGCGGUGGUGUUGGUAUCAGCAAUCGGCUCUCUAGUUCUGCUCGUGGCCUUGGCGGUGUACCGACACAAGCACCCAGUCAACCUUUACCUGUUAUUCACAUUUACCCUGUUGGAAGCAAUCUCUGUUGCAACGGCUGUGACCUUCUAUGAGUAUGCCAUAGUGCUUCAGGCCUUCUUCCUCACCACGGCUGUAUUCCUGGGACUGACUGCAUACACCUUCCAGUCUAAGAGGGACUUCAGCAAACUGGGAGCUGGAUUGUUUGCCUGCCUGUGGAUUCUGAUCAUUGCGAGUUUUAUGAGGCUCUUCUUCAACAACGACACCACGGAGCUGGUGUUUGCCGGUGCCGGGGCUCUGCUGUUCUGCGGCUUCAUCAUCUAUGACACCCAUCUCCUGAUGCACCAGCUGUCCCCCGAGGAGCACAUCCUAGCCUCCAUCAACCUCUACUUGGACAUCGUCAACCUCUUCCUGCACAUCCUGCGGAUCCUGGACUCCAUGAAGAAGAACUGAGGCUGCACAGCGCCCUCUGCUGGUGUGAGGGAGUUAUUACAAGGGAAUCUGUCAGAUAUGCCCUUGAUGAAUGCUGUAGAACAGGUGAUUGUCAGUCAUUUUGAUCCAUGUUUAACCCUAUAAUACAUUAACACCAGGCUGUUUUCAAUCAUGGGAUUGUGGAAAUGAAAUAGUACUUACUUUUUUUCCCUGUUUUAUUAUUUUGAAUGUGAUAUAUUGUUUAAUGUUGGUAACUGGAGAUGAACUAUAUUAAUCUAAUCACAUCACAGUUCUUCAACCUUAGCUUGACUCUUGUCAUGCUGGUAUUUUUCUGAAUGAUUUUAAACACAAAAGUCUGUCAGGCACAAUAUGUUUAGGAGAUGUUGACGAGUAAUGAGUAUUCCAGGUCAUAAAUAGUACCAGUCCACAGGGAAAACGUGUGAGGUACUAUUACAAUUAUUUUGAA